CUGACCAUUAAUCGCCGUCUCCAUAUCCCCCAACUGUAAAAAAAAAGAAAAGAAAGGCCACAAUCAAUCAAGACAUCUGCUUAUUCAUCGCAGACUCGCACUUAUUGCACGGCUUCCCAACCUCUGCAUGCAUGACGAUUUCAACGCCCCCAACUUCCUUUCACAAUAUAAAAACUCAACCACUUCUUGUUUUCUCUCCUACCAUCUAAGAUCAAACCCAAGAAUAAAAAAAAUGAAGAUAUCUCUCACUUAUACUCAAAUAUUUCUUCAAGCCUCAUUUUCAGCUCUCCUACUUCUCUCGCACAUUCCUCCAUUAUCAAUUCUCUUCCUCUCUUUUUCUCUCCUCUUGUUCUAUUCCAUUUACUAUUACUUCCUUAAACCUUACCCUAUUCUUCUCUUAGACUACUCUUGCUUAAAACCUCCUACUAAUCGAAAGAUUAAUCUCGAACUUUCCGAAUAUUUCGUACGUAAAACUGGUCGUUUUUCUGAUAGGAGCAUAAACUUUAUGCGUAAUAUUUACCUUAAAUCUGGUUUAGGAGAAGAAACUUACGCUCCACCAUUUAUUUUCCAAGGUCAUAAUGAAGCAACUUUGGAUUCUGCAUUGUUAGAAGCUAAAGAGGGUAUGUUUUCAACCGUUGAUUCUCUUCUUUUGACGGCUAAGAUUAACCCUAGUACGGAUAUUGAUAUUGUUAUUGUAACUUGUGGUAGUUUUUCUCCUUCACCUUCCCUCUCUUCAUUAUUGGUUAAUCAUUAUGAGAUGGGUCCCACUGUUAAAACGUUUAAUCUUAGUGGGAUGGGUUGCGGUAGUGGGGUUAUCUCUAUUGAUAUGGCUGCCCACAUGUUACGUGCCUCAGGAAGAAAAGUCCAAAAUGCCCUUAUUGUGAUUACAGAGAAUAUUAGUCUUAAUUGGUAUUUUGGUGAAGACAGAUCCAUGUUGGUUACUAAUUGUAUUUUUCGAGUAGGGUGCGCGGCGGCGAUUGUAACAAACGAUCCGAAUCGCCGCCGCGACGCUAAAUUCCAAUUAGUUCACUCUUUAAGGACCCAUCAUGGGUCCGAUGAUAGCUCAUACAAGGCUGCAUUUCAAGAGGAGGAUGAAGAGGGUAAUACAGGAGUUUCACUUACUAAAGACUUGAUUAGAGUUGCAGGCCAAAAUUUACGAGCACAUUUAACAACUCUAGCCCCACGAGUUCUACCACUGAGUCAACUCGUUCAGUACGUGAAAUCUGUGGUAUUAUCUGUGUUAACACAAGGUGAGUCGAAGACAAUGGUUCCAGACUUUACAACAGCAUUUGAGCAUAUUUGUAUUCAUACAGGUGGGAAGGCAGUAAUUGAACAAGUUGGGAAAAUAUUGAGGUUCAGUGAUUCAGUCAUUGAGCCAGCUCGGAUGACUCUUCAUCGAUUUGGGAACACAUCAAGUAGCCUAGUGUUUUAUGAAUUGAGUUAUUUUGAGGCUAAAAAAAGGAUUAAAAAAGGGGAUAGAGUUUGGAUGUUGGCUUUUGGGACUGGAUUUAAAAUUGGUAGUUUGGUUUGGAAGGCGUUACAGGAUUCACAAAAUGAUAUUGAUAAUCCAUGGAAUGAUUGCAUUCAUAGGUACCCACUUCAGUCCUCGUAAAUUACAUCAAAACGGUUGUAGGAAAUUCUUUCCAUAUAAGAUACAAGUGUAUAAGCUAAGCUUUAACACUUCUGUGAAAUAAUUGUAAGCAAUUGUUUUAUAAAUUUUAUUUCAUAAGGUUAAAUAGAACAUCUUAUUAUGUAAGUCAAGGUCAAUAGUUACUUUUAUGUAUGGUCGAACUAGCUAAAUUGUUAGGUCUUUGGUUUAAUUAGUUUUUUUUUUUUUCAAAAUCAUAUAAGCUAGUUCAUGUACCAAACUAAAUGAAUUUAUAGGGCACGGUACAUGACUAACUUAUAGUGAAGCAAGUAUAGUGUGAAUUCUUUUUUUCUAUUGGGUGUUUUAGAUUUGGAAGGAAAGAAAACAAAAAUUAAGGAUUGUUGUCAACAA